UAAAAAAAGCCAAAAAACGAUUAAGAGACAAAAAAAAAAAAAACCUCAGUCAAGUGCUUUAUGAUAUUUAUUGGUAUUAGUAGGCGUCAAUGCUUAUGCAGAGUAUCUCUGUGAGCUCGUUUUUGAUAUGAACAGUUUAUAUGGGAGUGAGUGUGUCUGUGUGUGUGUGUGUGUAUGUAUGUGCGUGCGAUUAUGGUAGUGUAUGCGCGAUAGCGUAUAUGUGCUUAUGUCCGUAACCGUGUGCAAUUAAAUGCAAAAACCAGAGGAAAAAUCGGAUCGGAGAGUUUGGUAAAAAUUCUCGGCGAAAAUCGGCAUCAUUUUAGCGGUUGGUUGGUUCGCUGGCUGGUUACACUUGUGCUUUUAAAUGUGUGGUUAAACAUUCGCAUAUGUGGACAUGUCAAUAACAUUGAAUAAAUAAAUAAUAAAAGGGGCGUUGAGUGCACUCGACUUUCUCCAUAGGUGCGGCAGUGCGAAAUGGCGGAAGGUAAUGGCGAACUGGUAGAUGACAUCAAUGUAAAAUCAGAAGAUCGCGGCGAUGGUGAAAGAACAGAAGAUUAUCCAAAACUCUUGGAAUAUGGCUUAGAUAAAAAAGUUGCCGGUAAACUUGAUGAUAUUUAUAAAACAGGAAAGUUAGCUCACGUUGAGUUAGAUGAACGCGCAUUGGAUGCGUUAAAGGAAUUUCCGGUAGAAGGUGCCUUGAAUGUAUUAAGUCAGUUCCUUGAAUCAAAUCUGGAACAUGUAUCGAAUAAAUCUGCUUAUCUAUGUGGUGUUAUGAAAACCUAUAGACAAAAAAGUCGAGCCAGUCAACAAGGUGUACCCACGCCAGCAACUACAGUGCAAGUGAAAGGACCAGACGAGGAGAAAAUCAAAAAAAUACUCGAUCGUACCGGUUACACUUUAGAUGUAACCACCGGUCAACGUAAAUAUGGUGGUCCGCCGCCUAAUUGGGAUGGUCCCACUCCGGGCAACGGUUGCGAAGUAUUUUGCGGGAAAAUACCGAAAGAUAUGUUUGAAGAUGAGUUAAUACCUUUGUUUGAGAAUUGUGGCACUAUUUGGGAUUUAAGAUUAAUGAUGGAUCCCAUGACUGGUACAAAUCGUGGCUAUGCAUUUGUUACAUUUACCACAAGAGAAGCCGCUUCGAAUGCAGUUAAACAGCUGAAUGAUUUUGAAAUUCGGAAAGGCAAAAAGAUUGGUGUAACGAUAUCAUUUAACAAUCACCGGCUUUUUGUCGGCAAUAUACCUAAGAAUAGAGAUCACGACGAAUUAUUAGAGGAAUUUUCUAAACAUGCACCUGGCCUUAUUGAAGUGAUAAUCUAUAGUUCGCCGGACGAUAAAAAAAAGAACCGUGGUUUUUGUUUUCUCGAAUACGAAUCACAUAAAGCAGCUUCAUUAGCAAAACGUAGACUUGGCACCGGCAGGACUAAAGUCUGGGGAUGUGAUAUAAUUGUCGAUUGGGCUGAUCCACAAGAAGAGCCAGAUGAACAAACGAUGUCUAAGGUUAAAGUACUGUAUGUUCGAAAUUUAACACAGGAUGUUACAGAGGAAAAAUUGAAGGAGCAAUUUGAGCAAUAUGGCAAAGUUGAACGUGUUAAAAAAAUAAAAGACUACGCAUUUGUACAUUUUGAAGAUCGUGAUAGUGCUGUUGUUGCAAUGAAAGCCUUAAAUGGCAAAGAAGUUGGUUCUGCUAAUAUUGAGGUUUCACUGGCAAAACCGCCUUCAGAUAAAAAGAAAAAAGAAGAAAUUCUACGUGCACGUGAGCGCCGUAUGAUGCAGAUGAUGCAAGGAAGGCCCGGCAUAGUUGGUUUUGAAACGUUGUCUCCAUACAGAAAUUUAUCGCCAACACAUCCAGGGAUGAUACCUUUGGGUGCGCCUAUGCGCAUACCAAGUGGCCCAAGAAUUCCACUACGUACACCAAUGCCACGGGAUUACGGGGGUUGGCCGUGGGCGUGGAAUCACGGCGCGUGGCCGAACCGUUGGGCUCCGUGGCAACAUCAGUCGUCAGGGGGCCCCUCAAGCGGCGGUGGUGGCGGCGGCGGUGGCGGCUCAACGGGGGGCCACCGCUCAGGGGGCUCCGCCAGCAACCGGGGGGGUCCGUGGGGUGGGACAAAUUCGUCCCAGCGCUCGUGGCACUCAGCACGCCCAACCGCUACAAAAUUUACCAGCAUCGAUUGGAGUCCACGCAUAAGCCAAAUGAACGUUUUCUAAAGACUCAUUGAAAUUUCAUUCUGCUCACCGAAAAGUCUUUUUUCAAGUCAAGAUCAAUCAGUUCAGUUCAGUUCAGUUCAAUGAAUUGUUGUUCUUUUUUUUUAAACCAUAUUUUUUGUAAAGGAAUCAAAAUCAAAAAAAAAAUGCAUCAUAUUAUAAAUCAUAAUCUCUCACUCUCCCUCUCUCAAAUACAUCAACGAAAAUAUUUGUGAAACACACAUCACACUCUCCCUUGCGUUAAGAAACACACAAGAGAAAGAUUUUCUCUCGACUCGACUCCAUAACUUUCCCGUUAUAUAUAGAUAUAUAUGCAUACAUAUAUAUGAAAGCAUUUCUCUUACUUGUCAAAAUAUAUAUAUGUUUUCGAACGUUUGAUUUGAAUUUUGUAUGUGUUGUUGAACGUAAAUUGUAAAAAUUUGUAAUUUGAGACUACGAGCUUUUCUGUGUUUUUGUCUUUAUUUUUUCGCCUACCACUCACUCGAUCAUAUCCUAUAUCAAUACCAAAAAAACAUGAUUGUGUAUGUAUCCUUUCCUUAAUCUCUCUUGUCUUUUUUUGUUGAGGAAGGGGAGAGAGAACGAGAAUUUAAAAAAUUUUGCUUAUUGGGGAAGAAACGCGUGCGCGAGAUUUAAAAUAAAAAGGAAAACAAAAAAAAAAAAAAAAUACAAAAAACAUCCAAAA